AUGGAGAACAACACAACCAUCUUCCAGGAUGUGCCCCAGGUUUUAAAUCUGACAGAAAUGCCUCUGAACCCUCUUGAAGAGCAGGUCAUUACCAUAUUUUUGACAAUGCUCAUCUGUGGAGUUGGGAUUGCUGGAAAUAUCAUGGUGGUGCUGGUUGUGCUUCGUACUAAACACAUGGUGACCCCGACCAACUGCUACCUCGUCAGUCUGGCUGUCGCGGACCUCAUCGUGCUUUUGGCUGCAGGACUUCCUAACAUCUCUGAUGUCGUAGCCUUCUGGAUAUACGGCUACACAGGAUGCUUGUGCAUAACUUAUCUUCAGUACCUGGGUAUCAACGUGUCUUCCUGCUCCAUCAUGGCGUUCACCAUUGAACGAUAUAUCGCUAUAUGCCACUCCAUAAAGGCGCAGUUCAUUUGCACUACUUCACGGGCCAAGAGGAUCAUAGCUGGAGUCUGGGUCUUCACCUCACUCUAUUGCGUUAUGUGGUUCUUCUUAGUGGACACAGAUGAAACGGUCUAUACCAACCGAGUGGUGGUCACUUGUGGCUACCGUGUCUCCAGGAGUUUCUACAUGCCAAUCUAUUUCUUGGACUUCACCCUGUUUUACGUGAUUCCCCUCCUCGUGGCCAUGGUCCUUUAUGGACUCAUUGCAAGGAUUUUGUUCAUGAGCCCUCUGCCAUCACAUCUCAACGACAGAGCCGGAGGAAGGUCGGUUCACCAGGGUCACUCCAACAGCACCAACAAGGCCAACAAGGGUGCAAUCUCUGCAAGGAAACAGAUAACAAAGAUGUUGGCCGUGGUGGUCAUCCUCUUCGCCUUGCUCUGGAUGCCGUACCGAACACUGGUAGUGGUCAACUCCUUCAUCGACCCGCCUUACCACAACACCUGGUUCUUGCUCUUCUGCCGGAUGUGCAUCUACACCAACAGUGCUGUCAACCCAAUCAUUUACAACCUCAUGUCUCAGAAGUUUCGUGUGGCUUUCAAAAAGCUCUGCAACUGCAACUGGCGACACAAGGAGAAGGCAGCUGAGUAUAAUGUGCCGAUGUAUUACAGCGUGAUGAAGGAUUCGUCCCAUGAGAGCAAUGAGCCGGUCACAGAGCAGGAGGAAGUGAGCAGCCAAACCAUCAAGAGGGUUCCAAACUCUGUCCUCCCAGUAAGUAUUAGAGUAAAUUAUGGUUAGGGUUGCCUGUAAGGAAGUUUAAGAUUGUAGGUAAAUAACACAAUUAGAAGGAAAACAGCUGUUGCAGUAUUUUUUGUGUUUUGUUGUGUAAUUUAUUAUUCUGACCAAACAAACAAAGAAAAAGCAGAAAGAGUGAGCACUGAGUUCAGCUGGACCUGAAUGCUGGAACAAAUCUGGAACAUGUCAGCUUCUAAUAUGUAUUUCAACAAUGUCAUUAACAGCAGUGUCAUCCACUGAACUCAGUGAAAGGUUUACGUCAAGAACAAGUUUAAGCUCUGUAGUGCUGGUGUGAAAUUCUGUUGUUAGGUAGAAAAGGAAACUGACUUUUUAGUAAAUUCAUUAUCCAAACAAACAAUAGA